AUGGGGCAGACUAAUGUAACAUCCUGGAGUGGUUUUGUCUUCCUAGGUUUCUCCAGUUUGGGGGAGUUGCAACUCCUGCUCUUUGCUGUAUUCCUCUCUGUAUAUCUUAUCACUCUGACGAGCAAUGUCUUCAUUAUCAUAAUCAUUAGGCUGGACAACCAUUUGCACACCCCCAUGUACCUCUUCCUUUCUUAUCUAUCUUUCUCAGAGACCUGCUACACCUUGGGCAUUAUCCCUAGGAUGCUCUCUGGCCUGGCUUUGGGGGACCAGACCAUCUCCUAUCUGGGCUGUGCUGCUCAGAUGUUCUUCUCUGCCUCGUGGGCCUGCACCAACUGCUUUCUUCUGGCUGUCAUGGGCUUUGACAGAUAUGUGGCCAUCUGUGCUCCACUGCACUAUGCCAGUCGAAUGCAUCCUACCUUCUGUGCCCAACUGGUUGGCACCUCCUUCAUGAGUGGGUAUCUCUUUGGGCUGGGGAUGACACUGGCCAUUUUCUGCCUCCCAUUCUGCAGCUCCCAUGAGAUCCAGCACUUUUUUUGUGAUAUACCGCCAGUGCUAAGCCUGGCCUGUGGGGAUACAGGCCUGAGUGAACUGGGGAUCCUCAUCCUCAGCCUGCUGGUCCUCCUGGUCUCCUUCUCCCUCAUCACCAUCUCCUACAUCUACAUCGUGGCAGCUAUCUUGAAGAUCUCCUCUGCCGAAGGGCGGAAAAAAGCCUUCUCCACUUGCGCCUCCCACCUCAUAGUGGUCAUUGUUCACUAUGGCUGUGCCUCCUUUAUGUAUUUGAGGCCGAAAGCCAGCUACUCUCUUGAACGGGAUCAGCUUAUUGCUGUCACCUAUACAGUGGUGACCCCUCUCCUUAACCCUGUUGUUUAUAGUUUAAGGAAUCGAGCUGUGCAGACAGCUUUGAAAAAUGUUUGCCAAGGGAGAUUACUGGGUAAAGGAUGA